UCAUUUUCUCGCAAGUUUAGCAGCACGCCUGCAAGAAACCUCGCGGGCAGCCAUGACGCCUGGCUGUUGCUUCUGUGGGCGGGGAAUAGGAGGAAAAACGGUAAUCACCCCCAUUGCAGAAGAAAGUUCUAUUCCAAUUGAGGCAACUGUCAACAAAGAACAAGAGAUCAAAGAGGAAACUGCUAUUCCAAUUGAGGCAAAUAUCAGCGCAGAAAAAGAGGAAAGUGCUAUUCCAAUUGAGGCAACUGCUAACAGAGAAAAAGGUGUUCGGACGUUUUCUCAUGAAGAACUAGCAAAAGCAGCUCGUUAUUUCUCCAUUAGCGACAACAAUCGGCUAGGCGAUGGUCUUACAGGUGAAGUUUUUAAAGGAGAACUUCCAAAUGGUGAAGUUGUUGCAAUUAAGAGGUUUAAACAUCAAGCUAACCCAGAGCAUGAGAAACUGGCGAGAAAUCAAUAUGAGAUGGAGGCUGAAAUCCUCAGCCGCAUUGAGCCUCACCAAAAUAUUGUGAAGGUGAUAGGAUACUGCAAUGAUGCAUCCAACAGAUUGCUUGUUUAUGAGUUUGUCCCCAACAACUCUUUAAAGUCUUGUUUGCAUGGAAAGGAAAAGCAUAUUAUUAAGUGGUCAGACAGAUUGAAAAUUGCUUUAGGCACUGCAGAUGGAUUAGCAUACUUGCAUGAAAUUUGUAAACCCAGAAUUAUUCAUCUAGAUAUUAAAAGUGCUAAUAUUCUUCAUGGUGAUAAAUUUAUCCCAAAGAUUGGAGAUUUUGGACUUGCCAAAGAAUUUAUGAGUUCUCAUACUCACGUUUCUACUGGCCCAAGGGGAACUAUUUCUUAUGAACCUCCUGAGUAUUACGUAGCUGAUCUGAGAAGGAAGCUCACUGAAAAGUCUGAUGUCUUUUCAUUUGGCGUCGUGCUUUUGGAGUUAAUUACUGGGAAAUUUGCCAUACUUGAAGACAAUGAUCGCUUAGUUAAUUGGAUAGUUGAAGUACUUAAAGGAGAUAAAGAACCCAUGGAUUAUAUAUGGCUGAGAAAUGACACCCAGUACCUAUAUCAAGGAUCACCCUACGCUCCAUUACCAGAGGCGCUGAGGCCGGCGGUGCCAUAAGCGGAAAAUUAUAAAAUAUAAUGGUUGUAUUAUGAACCGGGAAGGAAUAGGGCAAAAUUAACAGAGCUUGUGAUUAAGGAGCCUGAUACCAGUUUUGUGAACUUUUGUUUUCCAAUCUCCGUGCGGUGCAAGUGGCCAACAGGACGUAGAGGAAUUUGGGCAUGUGAGUUGUAUGCCAAUGCCAUUUGUCAAGGCAUAACUUCAACACUUUAUUAGUAUGGCAACAAUGCUUCUGUUGGAGACAAUUAAAGCUACAGAUUUUAUAGUAGUAUUUUUUUACAAUUGAGCCUCUCGUUUUGUUUUUGUACUUUUGAGCUUUGUGAUCAGUUAAUAUGACGUCUUUAGCAUGGAAUUGACAAGGUAGUGGUUAUUUCUCGGAAACAAAAGCUUUGAAAGAGUUUAUUCAUAAAUAUCGAUCGUGUAUUGGCUUUCU